AUGAGCUUUAGUCGUUCGCUGGGUAGAUUGACUACAGCUGCAGGAGCAAUGAUCGCCGUCCGCGAGACGCCGACCGGUGCCCGACCCUUGCCAGCGACCUCGACAGAUCAUCACCCAACAUCGAGCCGCAAGUCCUACACAAAUCCUUGGCCAUCAUUCCAUGAUAUCGGAGGAUUCUUGGGCAGCGGUCGAGCAAUUAUCAGUGAAUGGAAGAGCAAGCCUCUGCCGCCCAAGGACGAAUGGGUCAAAGUCAUCAAGCCGACUUGGGGUCUGACCGAGCAAGACACGGCAGCGACGUUCGGCAAAGAUAUCAAGGCUACUUGGAUGGGACAUGCGUGCUUCCUCGUCGAACUGCCCGCGAACGCCAAUGAGAUUGAUACCUCUCAGGAGACGAAUAAGCUAGAUCUGCCGGCUCGGGGGACGCGCAUCCUCUUUGAUCCCGUCUUCAGCCACAGAUGUUCUCCCUCGCAAGUCAUAGGACCCGCUCGAUUGACCAAAGCGCCCGUUGAGCUCUCGAAACUGCCGCAUGUCGACCUUGUCGUCAUCUCGCACGCACACUACGACCACCUUGACAUCACCACAGUCCAGUCCAUCUACGCGCGCCAACCAAAAGGAUCCGUUCACUUCUUCGCUCCUCUCGGCAACAAAGCCUGGUUUGUCAAUAACGGCUUCAAGCCGGAGCACGUUACCGAGCUAGACUGGUGGCAGCGACGCGACAUUGCACUGGGGAGCGACAAAUCAACCUCGAAAGAGAGCGACUGUACGCUGACCUGUCUGCCUGCGCAGCAUUUCGCUGGUCGUACGCCAUUCGAUAAGAAUAAGACGCUAUGGAGCAGCUGGGCGGUCGAAGCAGCCGGCAAAAAAGUCUAUUUUGGCGGAGACACCGGAUUACGGUAUGUCCCACUUGGCGGUGAUGAAACAGAGCAGCCGCAAUGCCCUGCCUUUGCCCAGAUCGGUGAUACCUUUGGCGGAUUCGACCUCGCUUUCAUACCUGUCGGAGCCUUCUCGCCUCGAACGGCAUUCAGUUCUGUGCACGCUUCCCCAAAUGAUGCGGUGAUAAUCCACAAGCAUAUCAAGAGCAAACGCAGCAUCGCUAUGCAUUGGGGUUGUUGGGCAUUGGGCGAUGAGAUCUUUAGCAAAGACGAGGAAAGAGUGGCAAAGGCGUGCAGAGACGCCGGUCUGGACGAGAAGGUAUUCAACACACUCAACAUUGGGGAGACGCUCAGGAUAUAG